AUGGCUUCGCGAAGAUCUGCAAGAGCCUCGGUAGGCAAGCGCCUCAGCUACCGAGAAGAGUCUGAUCAAGACGACUCAACAGCUGAUUUGACCGAAGACGAGUACCAGCAAGACCGAGCAUCCACCAGCACAGACGAUGGUGCGGUGGCUGAGGAUGAACCCUCCGAUGAGGCGAGCGAGGACAGCCAGGCUGGCAAGCGCAGGGCGGACGCUAAACGACGCAAGUUGAACUCUGUAUCGGUGCCGAUCAAACACACUGCAGCAAAGAGCGUCACCAUCGGCAACGAUUGGGCUCCAGGAGAAACUCGCGUGGUCGCCAAGCUGGUGGGUCCACCGCAAACCGGCCAUGUUGCUCGCGGUGAACUCAGUCGCAACGUUCUCGACUUUCUCACCGACUUGCAGGCCAACAAUGAUAGAGACUGGUUUGCGCGCUAUGAUGCAGUGUACAGAUACUGCUGGAAAAACUUUGGCGAGUUUGCCGACGCCGUGUUGAACGAUAUCAUGGAACAGGUCGAUGAUACUGUCCCGUGGCUUCCAACAAAGGACCUUGUCUACCGUAUCUACAGAGACGUGCGGUUCUCCAACGACAAGACGCCAUACAAGACAAAUAUGAUGGCCUCAUUCUCUCGAGGUGGAAGAAAAGGUCCCUUUGCAGGAUACCACGUCCUGAUCAAGCCAGGUGGACAAAGCUUCUUUGCUGCAGGCCGAUGGCAGCCGGAGCGAGAGGAUUUGGCCAUCAUACGUCGAAAUAUCCUGAAUGACACGCAGGAAGCUCGAGCGCUCAAGGCAGCAGUGAGCGAGCCGAGUUUUGUCAAGUGGUUCGGCGCGCCAAAAGGUUGUGCCAAGGCCAAGAGUAAGGCAAACGCCAAAGCGCAGACCGAGACACAUCAACGCUGCAACCUGUGGGGAGGUGACGACCAACUCAAAGUUGCACCCAAGAUCGAAGGCAUAGACAAGAACCACAAAGACAUUGACUGGUUGAAGCUGCGCAGUUUCUGCGUGAUACACCACUUUUCUGACACGCAAGUGUUGCGCAAAGACUUCCGUCAACGCUUGGUCGAAGCAGGCAAGGCGUCAGAGCCUCUCGUUCGAAUCUUGAACUCGAUGACCUCGCCAGACCCUCCUCCGCCGCCAGAAACCGAAGUUGAAGCAGAACAAGAUCAAGACGAUGAGCGAGGUCGGUUGUCCAGAGACCGAAAUCGUGUUGAUUUGCACCACGAUGACGCGGACCAAGACGAAUUGGUUCGCACUGAUUCAUUUGACUAUGCCGAUGAUAACGAUGACGCCAACCUCACCGACAGCCACAGCGAAGGAGCUGAAAUAUGA